AUGUCGGAUUGGACUUAUGAAUAUGCGAUUGGGUUACUGAAGAUUUUGGUGCACAAAGAAGUGAGUUUGAUUUCCAGAAAAUAAGCAAAUUUUAUGAUUUUUUUUAUUGCAGAAUGUCGAAAUUUCUGAAUAUGGUUCGGAAAUGUUUGCAAAUUCAAAAUUGGAAGAUGGUGAAUUAAAAGAAUUUCUCAAAGUUCUCUUCAAAAAAACGCCAAAACUUCGGAAGAUCUACGAAUCCGUUGAUGAAUUAAUCGAAGAUCUCGAAAACAUCGACAACAUACCGGAAAUUUAUCGAUUUUCGCUUGAAAAUUCGAAUAAAUCAACAUCAGUGGAAUCGGUUUUCGGAUGUUCGAGUAUAACUCGUUAUAUCGAUCAAAACGAGAAGGAAUUCAUAUCCAAACACGAUAUUUAUCAAUUAUUCUUCGAAGAAUUGGCCAAAGUUUCGCAUACUUCAUUGUCGAAAGAGAUUCUUGAUGCGUGGCACGUGGCACAGCUCAACUCACGAGUUCAGGCUUAUGAAUUGGUAUCGUAUGAUGUUUGGAAUGAUUUCAAAAAAUCAUUUAAACGAAAUUUGAAAGAAUGUGUAAGUUAUUGAAAUUAUUGAUUUUUUUUUACAAAAAUUCAACUUUCAGAAGCCUCCGAACACUCCACUCGUAAUCAAAGAAAAGGAUUUUCGCGAACUUCGAAAAUAUUUUCUGAAUGCGCCAGAACAAUUUGAUGAUUUUAUGGAGAAUUAUUUCGACAAAUGGGAAAAUGAUCAAUCACUUUAUCAACUUUCGUAUGCCAAAGCUUGGACAACGCUGGAAGCGAUUCAAAAAACAUUGAAGGAAUUCUCACCAAUUCUACUGUCUUCUCACAAACUUCUUCCAACAUCGAAGUAUUCUCUGCCAAUCAUUCGACUAUUCAAAUGUUCUUCAAGGAGCGAAUUUUUAUAUGAUUUCGUUUUUUCCAAAGAAUUCGAGAAAGCGAUGAUGGUUUUGACGAAAAAUAAUAUGUUGAGGAUUGGAAGUUAUUGUUUGAAAAAUGGAAUUGAUGAGGUUGUGAAUUGGAAAAACGCGUUGAGAAUUAUGGAGACUUUUGGUGUGAAGCAAGAAGAUUUUCAUGUAAGUCAAGAAUUUUUUUUUCACUUCGAAAACCAAACAUUUUUCAGAUUCUAAUCGUGGACUCUCAUCAAACCUAUAAUCUUUUCGAUACUCCAAUUAUUUCUUCUUCUGGCAAACAUUGCAAAGUGUUUAUUGGAGCGAUGCGAGAUAUUCUUUUCUACAUCGUUGUGAUUCUUGAAGUAUUCCAAAGAUCAAAUCAAGAAAAUUUGCCAAAGAUCUUCAAUUGGAUUAACAAGAUGUUCCAAGGAAUCGCAUUCUCAACAAAUGCAUGGAAUUGCAUUGAAAUGUGGAAAAUUUCCGAAAUCCAGGAAAAAGCGAAAUUGGAAUUGGGCAAAUAUUGUACAAAAUCAUCAAUUUAUGAAUUUCCGAUGAAAUCUCAAUACACCGAAAAAGAAGCAAUAAUCCAUGUUGAAAAUCUGCUGAAGCCGAUGAAUUUUGAUCGAAGGAUUUUCAACCAAUGCUUUGAUAUUCUUCUCAAGAAAAAGAUAUCGAAAAUCACAAUGAGUGAUAUUUAUUGGCUUUAUUAUGCAUAUAUGGAAUCUCAAGUUCUUCAAAAAUGUUCGGAUGUAAGUGUUGCUUUAAAUAUCUAUGAACUUAUUCAGUUUUUCAGAUUCACACAAUAUUCCACAAUCAAUUGCGAUUCCGAGUCAAGGAGUAUAUUUUUAUUGAUGAAAAUGAUAAGAAUUCGAAACUUGCUCAAGAGAUCGGUGAAAAAGCGAAAAUUGAAGAGAAAAAUGAGGGAAAAAGGUAGGAUUUUCGGGUUUGUAGAAUUCCGAUGCUAAUUUGAAUAUUUUUCAGAGCCGCCGAAGAUCUGAAACCAAAGAAUCUCGAAUUUUCAACAAUGAAACGAGGAUUUUUGAAUGCUAAAAAGGUGGCAGGCGAUGAAAAAUCGAAAGCUGUUGAGUUGAAAAAGGAGGGAUCUUUGAGCGAAAAAGUUUUGCCGAAGAAUUCGAGUUCGGAAGAUCAAAAGACCGAAUUUUCAACUCUCAAAAAGGGAUUUUUAAAUGAAAAACCGUUGGAGAAAUCGAAUGAUGAGAAAAAGAAGAUUGAAGAAAUUGAAAUGAAAACGGAGAAAAUGCGGAUCGAAUUUGAAAAUGAGAAGAAAAAGUGAGUUUUUCCCUUAAUUUUCCAGGAUUUUUCAAAAAAAAAAUAAACUUCAGAUUGGAACAAGAUCUUCAAACAAAAUGUGAAGAAAAUCGAAAAAUGUCAGAAACUUUGAAAAACUCUAAAAGUGAAUUGAAGAAAUGUAAAGGAGAAUUGAAAGAAAGCGAGAAGAAAUUGAUGGAAAAUAUAGAGAAAAAUGAGAAAAAAGUGAAUGAUUUGAAAGAUCGUAAUAAGAAGAUUCGAGAGAAUUGGGAUUUAGACAAAUGUCAACACAAAAAUGAAAAGAUGUUGAAGGAUGAGGAGAUUGCGAAAAUGGCUGAAAAAUUGGAGAAAUUUGGGGAAGAUUUGGAAAUGACCAAUUCGAAGCUCAAAAUUUUGGAUAAAAAUUUGGCGACUUGUGAAAAUUCCAAGCUGGAUCUGGAAAAUGAGAAGGAACAAUUGCAAAAGUUAGUUUAUUUUGGUUUUUUCAAAAAUUCAAUUUUUUGGUUUUUUUUAGCCUAAAAAAAUAUCCAAAUUUCAGACAUCUCGAAAAUCAGCGCGACAAAUUCGAUGUUGAAAUUCGACAAAAAAAUGAGGAGAAUCAAGAAUUGACGAGAAAACAUACGAAACUUCAACAAAAGCUUCAAGAAAAAUCGAAAAAGCUGGAAGAAUUGCGAGAUUGGUUCGAAAAAUCGACGAAAAAUGUUGAAUCGAAUUUGAGAAAGGAGGAGAAAAUUAGAAGAUAUCAAAAAUAUCUUGAGAUCGAUUAUGACGAUUUAUUCGAUGAAAUAAAUUCCAAUUUGAACAAAAUGCGCUUCAAAUUUCCGAAUUCAAGCGAAAUUCGAGCAGCAAAACGGGAAAUUGAAAAAUUCGAUGACGAAUAUGAGGAUUAUAUAACAAAUAUUCGCCGAAAAAUCAAACAAAUUCGAGAAAAUCGAGAAGAAAAUGAGGAGGAAGAGAUUCAAGAGCUGCCAAGUAAAGAAUUUAUGUCAAAUUAUCGAAAGUUGUUAAGAGAUUUCUUGUGA